GAGUGGGUCCGCAUCGUCAGCAGCGACGGCUACUCGUGCGUCGUCUCGCGCGCGGCAGCGAUGCGCUCCGGGACGCUCAAGAACAUGCUCGACACCGAAGCUAAUUUCUCCGAGGCCGAGCGCCAGACAUGUCACCUCCAAGAACGCGGCAUCGUCGUCGAGAAAGUCGUCGAGUACCUCCUCUACAAGACAACGUACGAGAACACGCCGGCCAAAGUCGACAUCCCGGACUUUUUUGAGCGCAUCCAACCCGAGAUCGCGCUCGAGGUGUGCGUAUCU